CCCAUAGUGCUCUGCGCGUGCGGAGGAGGGCAUUUUGUAGCAAGGGAGACGGAGAGGGGGGAGCAGGAAGAAGAUAUCACAAGAUGGCGGCCUGAAGAAGAGUGGAAAAGCUGCGGUUGUAAUAUAAGUAUAGGGGCCCGCGGGCGAGUGAGAAAGCAGGAGGCUCGAUAGAGCCACUCACCGCUACGAAAUAAAAGGCCCAAAUAAGUUUAGGGGAGCAUAUCUUACACAAAGUUGCUCCCCCUGACCUCCUGUUGAACAAAGGAAUUACUGACCGCUUGGAUAUAUAAUAUUCGGGACUCAGGCAUUCUCCUGUUAUUGUUUGUGUUAUACUUUAACAAUUUCCUAUCACUCCUUUUCGUUUUGGUUUGUUGAACCCGAUUCCCCUUUCGCCCCGAUAUCAUGGCGAGCAGCAGCGGAUCCAAAGCAGAGUUUAUCGUCGGUGGAAAAUAUAAAUUAGUGCGAAAGAUCGGUUCCGGCUCCUUCGGUGACAUCUAUCUAGCGAUCAACAUCACCAAUGGCGAGGAGGUUGCUGUGAAGUUGGAGUCACAGAAAGCCCGACACCCUCAGUUGCUGUAUGAGAGUAAACUGUACAAGAUCCUGCAAGGGGGAGUUGGCAUUCCACAUAUCCGGUGGUAUGGGCAGGAAAAAGACUACAAUGUUCUAGUCAUGGAUCUGCUUGGGCCUAGUCUUGAGGAUCUCUUCAAUUUUUGCUCUCGCAGGUUCACCAUGAAAACUGUUCUUAUGUUAGCAGAUCAGAUGAUCAGUAGAAUUGAAUAUGUACACACAAAGAAUUUUAUACACAGAGAUAUCAAACCAGACAACUUCCUAAUGGGCAUCGGGCGUCAUUGUAAUAAGUGUUUAGAAUCUCCAGUGGGGAAGAGGAAAAGAAGCAUGACUGUUAGUACUUCUCAGGACCCAUCUUUCUCAGGAUUAAACCAGUUAUUCCUUAUAGACUUUGGUUUGGCCAAAAAGUACAGAGACAACAGAACGAGGCAGCACAUACCAUACCGAGAAGAUAAAAACCUUACUGGUACAGCCCGCUAUGCUAGCAUCAAUGCUCAUUUAGGAAUUGAGCAAAGUCGCCGUGAUGAUAUGGAGUCUCUAGGAUAUGUGCUAAUGUAUUUCAACAGAACAAGCCUUCCUUGGCAAGGACUGAAGGCUGCUACAAAGAAACAGAAAUACGAAAAGAUUAGUGAAAAGAAGAUGUCCACUCCUGUUGAAAUAUUGUGUAAGGGAUUUCCAGCAGAAUUUGCUAUGUAUCUCAACUACUGUCGAGGCUUACGUUUUGAGGAGGCACCAGACUACAUGUACCUGAGACAACUUUUCAGAAUUCUUUUUAGAACUUUGAACCACCAAUAUGACUACACAUUUGAUUGGACGAUGUUAAAGCAGAAGGCAGCUCAACAGGCAGCAUCCUCCAGUGGGCAGGGCCAGCAAGCCCAAACCCCCACAGGCAAGCAAACUGACAAAUCCAAGAGUAACAUGAAAGGGUUUUGAACACGAGAGGGACAGACGAUGAAACUCCGGGCACAUGCUGGACCCGUCACUCCUUAAACCUAGAGAUUUUUAGUUCAUAUGUACACUUGCCAGUUGUCGUGGGAGACUAUAUACUUGGUGUAAAACUGAACUUAAUUUCGAUCUAUACUGGCUACCUGCAGCAUUUGCUGUAUUGACUUGUAGCUGCUGUUAAUUGUGAAUAUCACUAAGAUUAGUGAAAUAUGGUGUCCAGUUUUUCUAUUGCAUAUUUUUUUUUCUUUUUGGUCUCCCCUUGAAAGAGCAAAUGGGGUGAUAAAGUUAUUAGGCGUUCAGCAGAGCAGAGUGGUGGAAGAAAUUGGAAGUAUGCCAAUUGUUUUUCUAAGGUUAACCCAUUGAAUCUUAAACUGCUUACAACUUCAGAAGAAAGGCAUGAGCUGGUUUCCUAGAGACAUUUGUGAUGGUUCUCCAUAUCAAUGAAACAAAACUCCACUGUUCAACUUUUCUCAUGUGUUUCUUUUAUUAUUUUUUUUUAAGCUGCACACUUUAAUCAUUCUUUACUGUUUCACUGGUUUUCACCAGCAAGUAUGUUGCUGGCAAUCCUUUAGUGAAUGUUGACAAAAUUGCUUUCAUUUUAAAUGUUUUGCCACCUUGUAUGGUUAUGGGAACCAUAUGGUUACAGAUAGUAAGAUGUAGUUUGCCACUCAUGUUUAUACUUUAAUACUAGAGUUUGAAACCAUCAAGUUUUCCCUAACAGAACCAAAGAUUACAGUUUUAGGCAUACCAUACAGACAUUUUUUUUUCCAACUACAAAGUGGAAAAUUUAACACAAUGUGAGAGUAAUAGUGUUUAGAUAUAACAUCAAUUGACUUAUUUCAAGGAAAACUGCACUAUAUUUGUCAUAAUAUAGUUAACAUCGUACAGCUAAAGCUUUUAUAAGAGGCUUAGGAAAUGUAAUUACCGUAAACAUGGUCUGGGAAUAUUUGUUUUUAUUCUGAACAACAUAUGCUUGUUUACAAAUUCAUUAAAAGCUAAAAUCAAUUAUGUUUCUGUAAGAAGAUUAGAUUUUUAAGUAGAAAACUUUCAAAGCAGUUUUUCUUAGUUUUUAAAAUAGGGCUUUUAUUUUGACUGUUAACAUUGAAGGCCUUACUGUAGGUACUGAUGGGUACAUUAUAUUCAUGUCACUGUAUUCUACUAUAUACUAAGUAUGCUUCUGUGCUACCUACAACAGCUAAAAACAUCACAUUUUCUCAGAUAAUUUGUCAUGUCUACUGUAGAGCACAUCUAGCUGCAAAGAUUGGUAUGAUAUGUUGGCUUUGAGUUCCACAUUCCAUAAGUCUAACAUGGUUUUAAAGGGAGACUAACACCUCAGUUGCUCCAGUUUGGGGGGGAUGAUGAUGAUGAACUCGUACUUAUCUGAACUCUAAAUGAGCUGAUUAUUUUGGAAUACUCUCCCAAAUAAAACAAGAGCUGAAGCUUGAUUUUAAGGUUAAUGGACCAUUCAAGUUUUUGUACUGCAAAACUAGGCUAAAAUUUGAUCCAAAACAGAGCUCCCUAGAUGACGGAAGAAACAGAUUAAAUAUUUGAAGCCAUGCUUGCUUCAAACUAAAACAUUUGAGGCAUAAGCCUCCCUUUAUGUACUCUGAAAAGGGGUGUGCACUCUACUGCUUAAAUUUGUUUAACCUCUCUCCAGGAUUGAUGUGACUUUCUGAUGUCUCCUUGUCAUAAAAGGCUGGAUUAUUUUUAAAAUGUGGCAGUUAUGAGCAUUCCAAAAUGGAGCCAAAACUGUGCUAUAGUUGCAUGCAGCUAGUUUCAGACCAUUUUUUUUUUUUUUUUUUUUUUGCAAUAAUUGCCUAAUACUGGGAUCUGAGUGACCCUCUUCCAUAAAAUUUAUUUAGAAGAGCAGUAUCCUUUACUAUUUUAUUGGGUUACUGCUUUUUUGUUAAUUUCCCAGCUGAAAAUAAUAAAGAAAUAAUGCUGGAUAUUAAA